AUAAAAAUAAACGUUUAAUUUUAUAAUAUUGAUUGAGCUACGUGUAUUAAACAAAUAAUAACAAAAUGCCAAAAGUGGUAUCACGUAGCAUUGUCUGCUCAGAUUCUAAAGAUCAAGAGGAAUACACCGAUACCGGACCGCUUAACAUAUAUUACUGCUUGUGUGGACAAAUGAGUCUCAUUCUUGAUUGCAUCGUUGAAAAACUGCCGCUACGACAGCUGGACGGAGCUCGGGUUAUUGAUUCAGCGAAACAUGCGAAUAAAAUCACUGCCGAACCCGGUGAGACAGUAUUCAUUCGUCGAGAGGCCGGCAUCGAAAAGCAGCACCGAUUCAAGUGCAAAAAAUGUUCCCUGCCGCUCUAUUAUCGACACAACAAUGACACACAGGUAACGUUCAUCAUCCGCCGUGCAUUGGUCAAAUCAAAAAGCGACACCAGAAUCACGGAAAUCUUCAAACCGGCUGCCCUUUCUUCGUCGGCCCUUGAACCGAAAAAGGUCAUGGUUACGAAGCAUACCAAGAACAUGGGUAAGUUCAGUUCGGUCACCGUGUCGACUAUCGACGAAGAGGAGGACGAGAUUGAAGCACGUGAGGUGGCCGACAGUUAUGCUAACAAUGCGCGAAUUAUUGAGAAACAGCUCGAACGGAAAGGGGGAAAAUCGAACGAAACCGCUAUCAAGGAGAAGUGUGAAGCACCACCGCCGAAGAAAAAUCGAGGAACGUUGCUGGAUGGUUGAUGUAAAUGGUGUAACAUAUAAAAUAUUUUUACGAGAACAUAUACAAAUAAAUUG